AUGAGACUCAGUUUGAGAAGAGUUAAAAAGACCAACGAGAGAAAGAAGGAAAAAUUAGCGGAAAAAGAGAAGUUAAUAGAAAAAGGGAAGGCUAUAAUUAAAAAUGUAGGAAAAGCAACUGCAAAGGACAUUAUUGAUAACUUUGUUCUUCAUUGUGGAAGUUUACGUGAUCAUUAUUUAAGUGGAGAAGAGAUUUUUGAAAUAUUAAAAGAGCGUGACGAAGAAAUUCUCAAAAAAAAAGAAAGAGCAAUCCAUGAGGAAAAGGACGAAUUAGAAAAAUUAAGAGAAAUUCAUGACGAAGAAACAUGA